CACAAGGUAAUAUCAUUGCUUAAAGAAAUGAAGAAUGAUCAUUCAUCAUCAUCAAUGCUCUACGAACGGAAACUUUAUUCAUUAAUAAAAAAAUAUGCCCAAAACUCAUGCAAAUAACAAUAAAAUCCAGUUUUCUUCCUAAUGAUCCUGCCACAGAUCAUGCUUUAGUAAUGGAUUUUUUGCUCGAAAAGUAUCGUUUCCAAAUUUUAGACAACGCAUGCGAUAGCUCGAUCUACAAAUAAUUAUUUUGGGUCAGGAUUGUUAUAUUUUUACCAAUCGCUUUAUCACACGUUUCUGACACGUAUACGUGCAUUCAUUUCUCAUCCGCAAAAAAAGUCUUUUUUGUCAAAAUUUUAAAAUCAAAUUUUACAUCGUUUGUCAUCCAGCCCUCGUAUAUAAUACGCAAAUAUGUGAAAUUAUUUUUUCUUUAAUAUUAUUCGUAUGCAAACCUUUUUUGGGUUUAUUGCUCUCUUUUCAUGAGCAUGUGCGUGUGUGCGUGUUAAAUUGAAUUUCAUUUGAACCAUGUGCGCUAUAUGAAUGUGUGUGUUAUAUGAAAUUACGCAUACAAAUGAUAAUAAAAUAUUUAAUGCAAUACGGUUGCUGUUGCACAAAUGUGUGAUAAGCGUACAUUUCGCGAAUAACCUUUAUUAAAUAGAAAGCUCAUGACAAUUGUUUGGAUGAAUAACGAAGGCAACUUUAUUCAUUUAUAAAUUGAGGAAUUGUUGUUAUGUAUGCUGUUUUUGCUGUUGUGCUCGCUAUGUGGGUUUAGUAUGCUUUCGCCAGUUUUUGUGCAUUCUUUGUUGGCGUUGAGAGACAGUUCUUCAUAAAUCCUAAAAUAAGAUUAAAAAUUCCAGAUUUAUCUGAAUCCUCAAGUUUCUGAUAAUGAAUACCAAAAGCCUUUUUAAAGGAAAACUUAACAUUUAUUCUCUAAGGCAUUAAGUUCUUUCUGUUUGUUUAAAACAUAACUAGGAAAAAAUAAAUAGUUGCCCGAAGAUAAAGUUGGUCUUCGCCAGUUUCAUCGAAUUCAUCAUUAAUGCUUUUGCAAACGCGUUAACGUUAGCAUUAGUAGCUAAUACUAAUGCCAAUAUGUGAUGCAAUGUUUUGCUAAUCGCUAUUCGAUAAUCGUUCUAGGCUGUUUAAUAAUCAAACCUCAAGCGUCUCACUUUUUCCAUUAACAACAACUCUCAUGUGUUAUUUAUAAGUAGACAAUGUGAAAAAUUCAAUGAUUGAACAGUAAUUCAUACAACCUUAGUGACUACGCACUGUUGUAUAUAGUAUAAACUGCUUAAUAACAUUUUCUAUUCAAUAAAAUUUACUUAUUACUAUAGCCGUCUAUCACUCAAAUUGGAUUCUGUUUGAACCAACUGUUCUUUAGAUUCUAAAAUAUAAUUCACAUGAAUCAUAAUUCAAUUUAGUUUUGACGGAGGCACGUUUCAGACAAUUGUAUUGUAUUUCUGAUCGACAUCCACAUUAUUCUCCCUCCUCUUCAGUUUUCCCUUAUCAUAAAUUGUCAAACUCAAAUUAAAUUUUAAACUUAAGCGGACAAUGAAAGCACUGAUUAGAAAAUCUAUUAAAUUUUUUAUAUUUAUUGAACUAAACCAAGAUCGAUCCAGUUUAGUGAGUCAUUUGUAUACAUUUUUGUUGUCGUACAACUUUAUAAAUAAUUCAAAAAAAAGGGACACGUUUCAUAAAAAUAAUUAAGAAAUGUUCAUUAACAAAUAACUAUAUAUAUAAACGAAUGCGAAUGCAUUCACCUCACAACGAAUCUUGAAUACCCAUCUAUUAAGGUAAAGAGUCAUCUAAUGGAAACAGCUCCCCAUAUAAAAACGACAUGACAGAAGGUAAAAAUGCGCCACCAAGUUCUAGUGCCGAAGUGCCUUUUCAACAUCGGCUUGAUCGUAAGGUUUCUAUGCUGCCUCACCGCUUGGUGGGUGUUAUCGAUGAGGGCACUAGUACCGUCGGUUUCUCAAUUUUUACUACGCCCCAUUUUGAGGAAAUUGCCACCCACCGAAUGGAAAUGCCUUUGAUUGCACCUAAACCGGGUUGGUUCGAGCAAGACGCAGUCGUUAUCAUUAAUAAUGUCUAUCGCUGUGUCGAAGUCGCUAUAACUAAGUUACCUGAAAGUUUCCAGAAAGAGGAUCUGGUUGCAAUAGGUAUUACAAAUCAACGUGAAACAACAGUGGUCUGGGAUUCGGUUAGUGGCAAGCCGUUGUACAAUGCCAUCGUCUGGAAUGAUAUACGCACAAAUCAUACAGUCGACCAAGUAUUAGCACGUGUUCCCGAUCAAAAUAAAAAUUAUUUUAAACAUAUGUGCGGUUUGCCUAUAUCACCCUACUUUUCGGCCUUAAAAAUACGUUGGCUUAAAGACAAUGUUCCCGCCGUAAAAAAAGCUUGUCGAGAGAAGCGCUGUAAAGUUGGCACUAUUGACAGCUGGAUAAUUUGGAACUUAACGAAGGGCUCGCUACAUAUAACUGAUGUAACCAAUGCCUCCAGAACAAUGCUUAUGAAUAUUGAAACUUUGCAAUGGGAUCCCGUUUUACUAAAAACUUAUUCAGUGACUUUGAAUAUGCUGCCUCAAAUUUGUAGUUCAUCAGAAAUAUACGGCUCUGUUACAGAUGAACGUUCUAUUUUGCAUGGUGUUGACAUAAGCGGCAUUUUGGGCAAUCAACAAGCAUCGCUUUUGGGUCAAAUGUGUAUAAAGCCUGGUCAGACAAAAAAUACUUAUCGAUCGGGUUGUUUUCUAUUAUGUAAUAUUGGUCAUCAGGCCAUAAUAUCGCCUCGCGGUUUACUAACGACGAUUGCUUAUAAGUUGGGGCCAAACGCUCCUGUCACGUACGCUCUGGAAGGAGCAGUGGCAGUUGCUGGUCAUGCCUUGGAAUGGUUAGAAAAAAAAGUCCGCAUUCUACCACAGGCUUCGGAUGCUGAAAAAUUUGCUGAAACAGUACCAACCACUGGAGAUGUGUAUUUUGUGCCCGCAUUUACUGGCCUAUACGCACCUUACUGGCGUAAAGAUGCUCGUGGUCUUAUAGUUGGCCUUACGCAUCAUUCCACCAAACAUCACGUGAUAAGAGCUGCCUUGGAAUCAAUUUGUUUUCAAACACGUGAUAUCCUGGAAUGUAUGUAUCAAGAAUCUGAAUAUAAGUUUAGUAAGUUAUACGCAGAUGGUCCACUGUCUUCCAAUAAUCUACUAAUGCAGCUACAAGCAGAUACUGCUGGCGUCACUGUAUUUCGCUCUCAAAUUUUGGAUCCGACAGCAUUUGGCGCCGCGAUGUGCGCUGCCCAAGCUGAGGGUGUAGAUUUGUUUAAGUUUGAUAUCGAAAAAAAAUACUACGAAAAUAUCUACUAUGACGUUUUUCUGCCAACAAGUAAUGCCGCGGAACAGAGACAACGUUAUGGUAAAUGGAAAAGAGCGGUUGAGCGCAGUUUUGAUUGGGCUUUUCGUCCCAAAUCGAGUACUAUGACAGAACAACGUUACCAAUUAUUGGCUUCUGUACCGGGAAGUUUAUUCUGUUUCAUUUCUUUUGCUAUGUUCGUGCACUCUAUGAAAAAGUAGCACUAAAGCAAAUGCAUAAUAUGCACAAAAAACAAGUACAAAUAAAUAACUCUUAAAAUAUUGUAAAGAUAUAUUCCAAUCUCAUCGGUUUUUUACAGCCUGUCUCUCUAAAAAAAAAACGAUUGAUGUAACGAAUCCGUUGUCAAUAGACGAUUUUUUUUCACAAAUUGGAGUUUUGUAAUGCGAUCGAUUCUAGUCGAGUAAUCUUACGUUGAUGCCCGCAUAACCUUAAAUUACCGUCUGUAAUUGCUAUGUACAUAAUUGCUUGCCCCAUUUUUAUUUCUAUCUUGUUUUUUUAUUA